CUCUUGUUUUUGUAAGGGUGUGUGGUGAGUGUGGAAGAUCCAGAAAAGAAGUACACUGGAUGGGAACAUCUUGGCAGUGGGUGGCUGUAAAGGAACUUUAUCUCCAGCACCAGGGCUGUGAGGGAGUAUUAAAAGAAAUCCUGCUCAUGAGAGAAAAUAAGAACGCCAAUAUUGUCAGCUACUUAGAAAGCUACCUUGUGGAUGAGGCUGUCCUGCUGGUGUUGGAAUAUAUGGAUGGAGGCUCCUUAGCUGAUGUGGUCACCGUGAGAAGGAUGGCUGUAGGACACAUAGCAACAGUGUGUCGGGAGUGCCUGCAAGGCCUGGCUUUCCUUCAUGCCAAGCAGGUGAUCCACAGAGACAUCAAAAGUGACAACAUCCUUCUGGGCCGGGAUGGCUCCGUCAAGCUGGCUGGGUAUUCCUGCUGA